AUGGGUAAUUUAAUGUUUGAGUGGCUUACCUAUCCCCUUGUUCUUGGUUACGAUGUCGCGGGCCAAGUCGUCAAAACUGGCUCCAGAGUUACUCGGUUCAUAGACGGUGAUAGAAUCGUGGGAGUCGCAGCAGCUAUGGAUAAGCGUGGAAGAAGACCAGAUAAAGGCGCUUUCCAAAAGCUUGUCGUGGUUAGAGAGCAUUUGGCUACCAAAGUUCCUACAGGUAUGAAGAGCGCUGGUGCGAGCGUGUUGCCUCUGACUGCGGUCACCGCUGCCAAGACAGUCCUGGUUCAGGGAGCCGGCACGAGUAUAGGGAAGAACGCCAUACAGCUUGCUAUCGCGGCUGGCUACCAUGUUAUUGCAACGGCAUCACCCGAAAACUGGGAUACUAUGCGUAAUCUCUGUGCAUUUGCAGUAUUCGACUAUCGCAGCUCGUCAGUCAUAGACGAUGUGGUGACUAGUUUGAAGGACAGAAAGUGUGCAGGUGCCGUAGCCAUUGGACAAGGCUCCCUGGCAAAGUGCGUUGACAUUGUCAAGAUGAUUCCUGGCGCUGCGAAGAAUGUCGCUCAAGUCACAAUUGAUAUGCCAGAGUCGCCACCAACAAGCAAGUUCUCUAUCCUAGCUGCGAGGCGGAUACAGGUCUGA